GACAUCAAACUCCUCCGUUUAUCCCCGCAAAAAAAAAAAAAAACCUCCGCUAUUUAUACUCUUCGUUCUCAACAUCUCUACUAUAUCAAAUUCUACGCACAAACUGUAGUGCACCAGAAUUUUGCUACCAAUGGAGCUCCCAAGAAUGGCCAGUCGUCGUCUUCCUCUGCCACUAGUAGCUCAACUCGUUGUCUUGCUCGGCUUGGCUUGCGGGCUCCGGUCGUCGUCGGCGGCGGCGGCGGCGGCGAGUGGCCUUGCCGGUGAACGGGUUACAUAUCUGCCCGGGCAGCCGCCGGUGGACUUCGACAUGUACUCCGGCUACGUCACGGUGGACAAGCGGGCGGGGCGGUCGCUGUUCUACUGGCUGCAGGAGGCGCCGGCGGCGGCGCAGCCGGCGCCGCUCGUGCUGUGGCUGAACGGCGGGCCCGGCUGCUCCUCCGUCGCGUACGGCGCGUCGGAGGAGCUCGGCGCCUUCCGCAUCCGCCCCGACGGCGCCACCCUCUUCCUCAACGACUACCGGUGGAACAAAGUGGCGAACAUCUUGUUCUUGGACUCGCCGGCCGGCGUCGGAUUCUCAUACACCAACACCACCUCCGACCUCUACGAUUCCGGAGACAAGAGAACUGCUCAUGAUUCCUAUAAGUUUCUGGUGAAAUGGUUCGAGAAGUUCCCGCAGUAUAAAUACCGAGAUUUCUACAUCGCCGGGGAGAGCUACGCAGGGCACUAUGUUCCUCAGUUGUCCCAGCUUGUGUACCGUAACAACAAAGGCGUCAAGGAGCCCCUGAUCAACUUCAAAGGCUUCAUGGUGGGGAACGCCGUGACGGACGACUACCACGACUACAUCGGCACGUUCGAGUACUGGUGGAACCACGGGAUCAUCUCCGACGGCACGUACCGGCUGCUGAACGCGUCGUGCGUGCACGACUCCGGCGAGCACCCGGCACCGGCGUGCCUCGCCGCGCUCAACGCCUCCACGGUGGAGCAGGGCGACAUCGACAUGUACAGCCUCUACACGCCCACCUGCAACGAGACCUCCACCUCGUCGGCGGCGGCGAGGCAGCGGCGGCUCAAGCAAGGCCACUAUCCGUGGAUGACAGGGUCGUAUGAUCCGUGCACGGAGAGAUACUCAACGGAGUACUACAACCGGCCGGAAGUGCAGAGGGCGCUCCACGCCAACGUCACUGGCAUAAACUACACAUGGGCGACGUGCAGUGACAUCCUCAACGACAACUGGAGAGAUUCGCCAAGGUCCGUGCUUCCUAUCUACCAUGAGCUUAUUGCAGCUGGCCUAAGAAUAUGGGUCUUCAGGGUAUAAAAUGAUGUAAACGGGUUGUACAAAUUGCCACAACACAUUUGUGGUUAUACAGAGAGAGAAGAAAAACGGACUACAAAUUUGUAGCUAGCUGCAGCAUAGGGUUCAAUAAACUAUAUGAGAGAUAGGGGUGAAUUAGAUAUUAAUGACGUAGUAUAUAUCUACAUCUAACUAUUGUAUGAGUAGUGAGCUAUUAGAUUGGCUAUAGAUGAUAUUUUAAUUUUUGUAGCUAGUAGCUGACUAUAUUAUUAAACUUGCUCCUAUCAUAUAUAGUAACUAGCGUGAUGAUCCAUGCCGAUUGCACAACUAUAGUAUUUUUAUAAUCUUUUGUCACAUAAUAGCAUACAUAAUUUCGCAUUUUACUAGAAAAAACAUUGAAAUGUGAACAUAAUUUUAAAUUUUGUUCUUUAUGGCAUAUUUAUUUCACUUCUUCCCUACAUUUUUAUCCUAUUAAUUAAUAGGAUCUUCCUAUUAUGUUUAAUUAUGUUAUUAAUUUCACCUACUAAUAAUGGCAUAUUGUACAUAUAUAUCUGUCAUAGUCCAUAACCUGCUUCAAAUAUAAAAUAUCCAUUGUCAUUGACAGUUCCUUAUUUUUUUAGUUUUAUAUUAUUAUAUUUUGUUAUUGUUGCUCAUGGCUUAGACUCUAGGAACUCCGUUGUCACGUUAGGACAUGACUAAUUAAGGAUUUAAUCUCAUCUGUUAGUUGUAUUUUUAAUGUAGUUUGAACAA